AUGAGGCUUUGUAAAGUCAUUAAUGGAUCUGCUUCACAUAAAAGAGCCAGCAGCUUUGGAUCACAAACAGGUUCAAAAAGCUUAAAAUCAGAUAAGCCUAGGGAUACCUUUCAGGCAGCUGCAGUGAAAUGUGUGGCAGGAGUUCCACUGACACGUUUUGAGGAAGUUACCAUUGACAGUGACCUUGAUUCUGUUAGAACAGAGAUUGUUCGAGAACACUUUCAAAAAGCUAUCAGCAGCAGGAAUGUGCCAAGCCAUUCCGGAAAGAAAUUUCAGAGUUCUUGGAAAGAAACAUUUAGGUAUCCCAGCUCAGAGCAUUCAGUGACAGACGAAGAGGAUAAUUCUUAUGCAGCAUGCUUUACUGAUCCUCGCCCAGAAUGUAGAAACAGCAGUCCUUCCAGAUGGAGCUUAAGACCAAAGAAAGCAAUUGGCCACACCUGGGAAGAAGAUGGCAUCCAUGAUAGCGUAAGGCCAUCCUCUAGCAGAAUGAAGCCAAGGCAGAGAUCAACACUGGAAGAGCUUGUUGUAGACAGGGAGAUUCUGGAAGAAUCUGUUGCCCAAAUGAGAGAGGAACUUGCUAUAGAAGAAGAACGAUUAUCUAAGAGACAAUGUCAAUUACGAGAAGCUGACCAGUCACUAGCUGACAUUCUGCAAAAGAAAAAGGAAGCAGCCCAGCAACUUGAUGCCUUGAAAUCAGUUAUUGAUAUAAAUGAAAAUGAAGUUGAAGGUGUAGAAUGUCAGCUACGAGAAAGCCAUAAAAAGGUGGAAGAAGUCAGAGCUGAGAUGGUGCUGCUGGAGUGCAAAAGGGAAUCGUGCCUUAAAGAGUUACAACAUCUUAAUGCAGAAGUGUCAGCCGUAAGAAGGCAGAGCUCUAUAACUCAGAACAGUCAGCUGAUUGCCCUUCAGAAUGACAUUUCUACCAUUAGUAAAGAACGUGAUGAGUUGAAGCUUCGCAUUCGCCACAUGGAAAGCAGCUUGUCUUUCCUGGAGCGUCAAGAACUGGAACGCCAGCUGAACACUGUGAAGAAUGAAUUAUUUUCAGAACAGCGUAGUGCUAGAACAAAGAUUGAGGAACUCAGAGAGUCUGUGGAAAAUUACCAGGCAAAGAUGGAAGAGAAGUCAAGGGAGGCAUCUGAUCUGUUGGAGAAAAGUAAUAAACUUGAUCUACAACUAAGAGAGAUGGUGAAAGAGAAGGAAGCAUUGACUGAGAAAACCACUGUUCAGAUUAAGGAAAUAACUCAGACAUCCAGUGAGAAGGUCCAGGCAUUGUCUUCUCAGGUGACUGAGAGGGACUUGAAGGUCUCAGCCUUGGAGAGGAUUCUCUCAGAGAAAGAGAUGGAACUGUUGAGGUUUCGUGAAGUUGUGUCCUUAGUGACUACUGAGAAGGAGGCACAGAUUUCUGCUUUUGAGAAUCUGAAGAAGGAACACAGUCAACAGUUAAUGCAGCUACAACAGGAAAAGGCACAUGAAAAGGAACAGGAACUGUGCAGCUUGAGAGCAGAACUACAGUGUUUGAGAGAUAAGGAUCUCCAAGAGUUGACAAACAAAAUGGAAGAUAACAAAGCAAAAGCAUUAAAGGACCAAGCAUUCACAUUUAUGCAGCAAAUCGAAAAACUAAUUGAAACUAAUAAGGAUAAAGAUGAGGAAGUUGUAAAAUUAAAGGAGAUGAUUCAGUCCCUGGAAAAGUCUAAGAAGAAACUAGCUGAAGAAUUAAAACAAGAAGCUAAGGAGAUGGUCCAGAGAGCCCUCACAGAAGAACAGAAAAUAUGGGAAGCGGAAAAGGAGAAAGAGAUGCAGAAACAGCGUGAAACAGUUGAAGAGAAUCACCAGAGGAACAUUGCAUGUAUGAAAGGGGAUAUAAAGAAAGAGAAGCGGCACUUAUUGGCAUUACAGAACAAAGUUUUAGAACUGCAGGCAAGAAUAAAAGAACUUGAAACUGAAAAUCACUGCCUUCAAAAGGAGAAGCAGGAAGCAGUCAAUGAGGUUCGAGCUUCACUUAAUGAAGAAAAACAAGAAGAAAUCAUUCAAAUACGCAAUGAAAUGGAUCAGGAGAAAAUACAUGAGACAGAACAUUUAAAAUCUAAAGUUCUGCAUCUUGGAGAGGAGCUCCAAUGCUUACGGGCUGAACGAAGUGAAGCUGCCUUUAAACAGAAAGAGGCUCAGGCUCAUAUGGGACACUUGGAGAGGUCCAUUGCAAUGGAUAUAAGUGCAGAAUGUGAAAGACUGAAGGCUCUGCUCCAGCACACACAUAGGAAACCACAAGCAGCAAGUCCAUCACACACACAAGUUGGGAGUCCUUCUCAUAUUUCAUUAACAGUGGCACUCCAGAAUCUACACUGUAUAAUUGAAGAGCUGCAGCAUCAUAUGGCAGGGCUGUUUCAUGAGCUGGAAGCACAGAGGCGCAAUGCCCACCAUCUUCAUCGUGAAAAGGAACGUGAACUAAAACAGCAGCGAGAACAGCUUUCUAUGGAGAAGGAGGAGGCCCUGGAAGUGUUGAAAGAACGACUAAUUCAGGACCACAUUAGUGAGAUCAGUAAUUUACAACGGAGUCAGCUAAAGGAUUCUGGGAGUAGUGAGAGCCAGUCUGUCCGUCAGCAACUUAGGGAGAAAGAUAGUGAGCUCAGGGCAAUCCAGAGGAACAUGACAAAAUGGAAAGAUGAAACUGCCUGCAAACUGGCCCGCAAAUUUGAAGAAGAACUCAGCACUGAGUUGGAAAAGUAA